AUGGGUGUUGAAGAGAUGGUAUCAAUUUUUCUACACAUUCUAGCCCAUGAUGUGAAGAAUAGGAUAAUUAAAAGACAGUUCAUGCGAUCUGGUGAAACCAUAAGUAGACAGUUCUCCAAAGUGUUGCUAUAUGUCAUACGGUGUCAUACACUUUUAUUUAAACGACCAGAACCAGUUCCAGAGAACUCGACUGAUGAGAAGUGGAAGUCGUUCAAGUUGGUUAAUUAUCAGAAUUGUUUGGGAGCACUAGAUGGGACACACAUCAAGGUCUAUCCCUUGCAAGCCGAAAAGGCUAGAUACCGGACUAGGAAGGGUGAGAUAGCCACCAAUGUGUUGGGGGUUUGUUCCCAAGAUGGUCAGUUUAUUUAUGUUUUGCCUGGAUGGGAGGGUUCAGCUGCAGACUCAAGGGUACUCAGGGAUGCCAUCUCUCGUCCGAACGGUUUAAGGGUCCUUAAAGGAUACUAUUACUUGUGCGAUGCUGGUUACAUGAAUGGUGAAGGUUUCCUCAUUCCAUACAGAGGUCCGAGAUAUCAUCUGAGUGAAUGGAGACACGGGGCACACCCAAGAACCGCACAAGAAUUCUUUAAUAUGAAGCACUCUUCUGCAAGAAAUGUCAUAGAACGAUGCUUUGGAAUGCUGAAGGGUCGUUGGGCUAUUGUGCGAUCAAAGUCUUUCUAUCCGGUUAAAACUCAAUGCCGAAUAAUUAUCGCAUGUUGCUUGCUUCAUAAUCAUAUACGAAAAGAAAUGGAUGUGGAUCCUCUUGAUGAUGAAGAAGUGGAUCAAACACACGAAGUAGAUGCUGAUCUUGGAGGAAAUGACUUCAUCACUCACAUUGAGUCUUCUAAUGCAUGGACUGUUUCAAAGGAUCAAAUGGCGAAUCACAUGUUCAAUACAUGGAGGAAUCGCGUUUGA